GGAAUAGGUGCUGCAACUGCCUUGUUGUUUUCACGUUAUGGAGCAUCUCUGGCACUAACUGGACGUAAUGUUGAGAAUCUUCAGGCUGUUGCAGAGAAGUGUGCUGGCAACAAUUCUACUAACAAGCCUCUUACAAUUCAAGAUUAAGGACCCACCUGAAACACUAUGCAUGUUAGACUCAGAUUUAGUGCAAUAAGGUGCUGCAUGUAAAGAUUAACCCUGUACAUUCAACAACAAUUUCAUCACAUCUCGAGGAAGAAGACGUGCUUUACGAACCUUACCCAGCAGGACCAAAUGCUUUACCCCAACACCGUGAAUAGAAACAUGGUACAGCAGCCCAGAAAGUAGACACUGAUCCAAACUCUCAGUAGACUUAUCUAGUAGAAAUGCAUGAACUCUAAACCCUCCAAUGACCUUCAGAGCAGGAAGGCAGAGCAACAGGAACAUUGGAAAUGAUGGCUCAUUAACCUUCAUAAAAGAAAUGGUAAACCGAACCUGAGGUGGAAACAAGGAUAACAGAAGAGCAACUUUUCCCUUCCUUCCAUGCACAAACACAUGAAGACAUUCCAAUGGAUGGAUGACCCAAGCCCAAAAGGAAUCAAAGGGGGAACCAAACCAGAUCAUCAACAGUUACCUCAUCCUCAAUUAAAGAGAAAAUAGGGUUUACCAUACAGUAUCUCCAAACUCUGCAAGGUUGUCGUAAGCAGAAGAAUGGGAAAAAUGUAAUGACUCCAGAGUACUUCUACCAACCCCCAACUCCCAUCCCUGAUUGGGGUAGCAUCAAUGGAAUCUUCCACUCGUAGAAAAAAGGAGCUGAAAAUCCUUCAAACCCUAGGCAGAAAUGGUUUCCCGUUAGGAAAACCAUUCCCAAGAACACACAAACUUCUCUCAUGAUGCAGCCCACAGGUGUUCACUAACACCUGGUUACUUGUUUACUGCUUAGUGAUCAGAGGCAUCAGGUGUAAGAAACUUAUGCAAAUGCCAAUUGUGCACGGAAAUUGGAACUAGAAUAAAUUUCGGAUCAAUUCAAUUUCGACUGUGAACCAGCUACAUUGACCACACUCGGCAACACCCACUCAAGAGAGAACUCUGUAGCCAGUGAAGUAGAAUGGGAAAUUGAAGGCCUAGCAGAUGAGACGGGAGCCAAAGCAUUACCUCUCCUCAUUACACCACCUCUCCUUGGCCGAAAUGCUAUGUGUACUAGUGGCUUUAGCUGAUCUGAAUAAUGAAACCGACACAAAGCGUGUGGUGGAGGAGACAAUAAAGAAAUAUGGUCGGCUGGAUAUUCUAGUAAAUAAUGCAGGUAUACUAGAAAUGGGCACUAUUGAGAACACAUCUUUGGAUCAGUAUGAUCGUGUCAUGAAUACCAAUAUUAGGGCUGUCUACCACCUAACUAUGUUGGCUACUCCUCAUCUGAUUGAGUCCAAAGGUAACAUAGUCAAUGUCUCCAGUGUUAAUGGAAUUAGAUCAUUUCCUGGUGUUCUUGCAUACAACAUCUCAAAAGCUGCAGUUGAUCAGUUGACACGAUGUGUUGCCUUAGAGCUUGCAGAUAAACAAGUUCGGGUCAACUCUGUUAACCCUGGUGUUGUAGUCACAGAACUACAGAAGCGAGGUGGUCUUGCGCCAGAGGCUUAUGCUGCAUUCCUUGAGCGUUCCAAGCAAACUCAUGCACUAGGCCGUCCAGGACAACCUGAGGAAGUGGCAGCAGCAAUUGCAUUCUUGGCUUCUGAUGAAGCCUCCUUUGUCACUGGUGCAUCAAUUCCAGUUGAUGGUGGCCGUCAUGCCAUGUGUCCCCGAUAAUUUACUCUAGAAUACUAAAAAAGUCCACCUGAAAUCAUUUUAAAGAGCCCAUUGCUCCUAAAUAUUGUUUUGAUUAAUGCACUGUAAGAACAUGUAGUUUAUAAUAAUUUUUUUUUAGUUUGAAGAUUUAAUAUGCAAGGAUAUAUUUUUUUUGUUACAUUUAAGCCACAAUUAAGUUGUAACUGUAAAUAUACAGUGUCACUGAAAGCAAUAAAUUGGCAAAUGUAAGAAUUUGAAAAUGAAGCUUCAUUAACGCUAAUAAUACAAUUUAAGUUUUCUCCACAUUGCAAACAUAUUUGUUACUGAAGUUUGAUGUGUUUUGUGGUUUGAGUUUUGGAAAAAAUAGCAAAGUUAUCUUCCAUAAAAUGUAUUUUUACGAUAUACAACUGGCUACAGAUUGUAAACUUUUUAUAUAUUGAUGAAGUUUUAUCUAUUAUUAUAGAAAAUAGUGACUUGUUAGUGUUAUUAAUAUUUCUGAAAGAGCACCUGAAACCACAUGACAAAAGAAGUUGACAAGUUGGUUUGGCUAUUGUAAAAGUGGAAUAGUUGGCAUUUGCACCAAGAUAUAUGGAUGCAUGCAAAUGAAUGAACACUGGCCCUCACAUAUGAGUACAAGAAAGUAGAUGGAAAAUAAAUAACCCAACUGACACAAAUUAAAUGAAAGUGACAUGAUUUACUUCUCGAAUUGCACUUCACCACUUUUCAUCUCGCAUUCUCUCUUGCCUUAUAUUGGCUUCCCAUUUCUCACUAUUGCAGUUACAGCCCCGCUCCUGUGCCAGGUAAGGCUACUGCAGGCUCACCAUAGCCCAUGCAACUUAGAACUUUUGGUUUAGAGUAGCUGAAUCUAAAACAACAACUACUCACUACUGCUCAGUUGUGACUAUAUAAGGGUCCAGGAUGGACAAAAAUGUUAUCUUUCGGUCCAUUUCAUGUAUGUUGGUCGAGUUAUUUGUUUUCUGUUACAUUAUUGUGGCAUUCUAUAAAUUGAAAACAUUAUAUUGUGGCAUUCUCUAUAACAGGAAAAGGUUAUUAUAUUGUGGCAUUCUCUGUGAAAGGUAAAGGUUGUUUGUAAGAUAGUCGUAAAUUAAAGAUAAAGGUAAACAAUUAUUAAGUGUUCUGUUCAGGUGGCAAAUCCUGAUCAUUAAAGUGGCCCAAUUAUAUAGCCAACAAUCCAUCAGUGAGGGAAGGUGCAACCAGUGUGAUACCUAUGAAGUUUCACAAGAUGUAUAUGGUUGUCACUAAUAUGAAUUAAGAAAUUAUUUACCAUUUUAUGAAUGAAUAUUUUUGUAACUUCUGUUACCGAUGGUAGAAUUGAAAACUUUUAUUAAAAGGUUGAAUCAC